ACUCUUGACUGCUUUUGCCAUUUGGAUUCCUGUUGCUAUGCUAGCUUUUUUAUUUCUACCUUUGAAGAUCAUGAGGACACAACCAGCAUAAGUUUGGCAAAUACAUUAUAUUCCACGAGAUCCACAAGAACAAAAUGCUUAAUCAUAAUAUCUAGUUCUUCUUUUUUUUCUUCUUAAUCAAGAAAAGUGGAAUAAGGAAGACAUUCAAGUUAAUUCCUCUCCUCUCUAUAAAUUCUUAGCUAGAGUUUGGUUCAUCAGGGAGCAACUAGCUAGUUAAAUUCUAUACUCCACAGCUCUUAAUCUUUUCUAGAUAACACAAAAAUGCGCAGGCAAAACAUUCAUUUGCGCACAUGUCCUGGUGUGCUUUUGAAUGAGGCUCAAGUGAAAGGAAUGCUUUUGAGAGCUGACAGUAACGGAGACGGUAUUCUCAGCUGGCAAGAGCUUAAAGAAGGCUUCAAGUCCUUGGGAGCUAAAGUUCCUCGAUUCCGAGCUUCGAUGGCGUUUAACAUCGCUGAUGAAAAUGGAGAUGGAUGCAUCGAUGAGAAAGAGUUGGAAAAGGUCGUGAAAUAUGCUUCUGGUCUUGGUUAUACCAUCAGGUAGACUACACCCAGUUGCUCAUUUUGGUUCCUCCAUUGCCUCAACAAUAAUUUGUGUUAAUUUCCAUUCUGCUUAAUUAGCGUUUCCUGGUGAUGGAUGUAUGUAGUUUGUGUGUAGACUUUGAAAUCCGCAUGUGUCUUAUGAGAGGAGAAACUAAAGGAAUUAGUGUGUUUCCCGCAUAAGAAGUUACAGACCACUUGUUCAACCAAAAUUUAUUAGUCUUUAAUUUUCCCCUAAUCAUUACUUAUC